GAUAGAAUGGUGACCCGCUUGACAGCCGGGCGCUUCGAUAUCUCAAUUACGAUUUUCAUCAUUUUUCUCUGUAACUUGCUAACAACAGCCUCAAUUCUAGAUGACACAUUGUCUACUUUGCCUCUCGAGCGUUACAGUUUGUCAAUUUUGGAUAUAAACGAUAUCCAGACUUCAAAAUUUGUGGACGAUGCAAUAUCAAGUAGCUUGGAAACAGUCACAACGAAAUCUCGCUCAGGACAAACGUUUGUGUGCUAUCUACCUGCAACCAAGGAACUCUCGACCACUGCUAAUAAAUCAGAAGUGAGUAGCAAAAUCAGAAUCACAAACGAGGAGGUGAGUCGGAGGUUGAAAGCACUUACGGCUACGAGUAGUGAUGGAUCAACUCCGGCGUGUCCACAAGUGAACCAAGGCUGGUGGACCUAUGAGUUCUGUUUUGGCACUCAAAUCAUGCAGUUCCACGCAGAGCCACGCGAGAAGAAUGGACAAUCAACUUCGAAUGGGCCAGGGUUCGUCUCUCUGUCACUGGGUCAUUUCUCACACGAGACAGUAUGGGACAACCAGACGUUUGACAUGAAUGCCCUGAAGAAACAGAAGAAUGGCCACUACCAUUCACAGUAUUACAAUAAUGGGUCCAAGUGCGAACUGACAGGACAUGCAAGGGAGGCUCAAGUGAAGUUCUACUGUGCUCCACAGUUAAAAAUUAGCAUCACGGAGCCAAGCACCUGUCGCUACGUCAUAGUUGUCAACACCCCCACUCUUUGUGAUCUGGCAGUGUUCAAAAAGGCAGAGGAAAAAGAACAGCAAUUCGAAAAGAUAUCAUGUGUGCCACAGGUUGCUCUGGUGAAUAAAAAGGAAAGAGAGAGCAUUGAGGAUGAAACAGCACAAAAUAUUGAAACGAAGGAAUCGGGAGAAAUGACAGAACAAGCUGCAGGCAGCGAAACUAGCAUGCCUCAGAGAUUGAAGAACACGCAAGUAACUAGAGAAUUGGAUCACGAAAGCGUAACUGCUACGUUGAAAUCUGAAGAAACGGAACCAUUGGUAACACAACCUAAAGAGAUGGAUAUAGGGAAGAUGAUCAAUACGGAAGAAGUACAAAGGGGAUUAGCUAAAUCGAGAAUAGUUCUAGACCCAAAUGCCGAAGAGAGAGAACACAUUCAAGAUAUGCUCGAAGGAAAUCUUUUCAAAAACGACCCAGAGUUGAAAGCCUUGCGCGAGGGAAGUCUUUUUGACGAAAUUGGAGGCAUGGGAAAGGGCUUAGAAGAGUCUAAAAUAAAUAUGAAAGCAGAUCAAGCUUCCAGCAGAAAAGACGUUGCAAAAGACAUAACAGACGCUAAGAGUUCUGAAGAUCAAACUGCUUUUGAGAAAGACAGAAAACACGAAGAAUUUAAGCGAAUGAAAGAACUGGAGUUAGAAGGUCAGAAUAUAUUGAUAGAAUUGAAGAAAGUACGGAUUAUGACAGAGCUGUAUGAGGAGAAAGUAAAGGCUGCAGGACAGGAGUUGGAAAGGAGGUUGGAGUCCCAGGAGACGCCACCUGAGUUCCUGACUUCUGCUGUACUGGCUGUCAAACUGGCUCAACGUGGAAUUGAAGUGUUCAAGAAAACAGAUUAUGUGAGGGAUUUUGAAGAUGCUCUCAUUCGAGAUAAAAUGAGAGGCGAAGUGGGAAAAUCACUAGACUUGGGCAGACAUGGAAUCACAGCAAUCACUUUCCACUACGAGGAGCUGCAGGACUACCUUCUGUCAUUCCAGAGACUGAUUUCAAUGGUCGACAUUCACGCCAGCAUCCUGCCUCCCAACGCCGAAAUUGACCAAAUGAGUUUCGAAGAACUCAAAGCUGCCUUUGACAAGUUGACUUUUAGUUUUGAACUGGAGAUCUCCAAGGAGCAUCCAGUGGCUCAACUGAUUAAACAGUAUGAAGGGUUGAAAGUACAGGUUGCAGACGGGACUAAAGACAACGUGGAUAUAUCGAAAGAAAUAAUUGUAAAAGCAUUGAGGGUUGCGAUGAAGCAAUCGAAAGCCUUCUUCACCGAGCUUGCAGAAGCGAAGCUGCUGAAAAUCCAAAAUCUGCAAAACUAUCAAAAUAUGAAAUCAAAUGACCCUCUAGGGCAAAGCUCUCUUGGAUUGGACUCCAUGACUAAGCUGAAGAAUUUGAAGCUCAAAAAUAAAGGCAAUGGAAUGUGGAAAAGGUGGGAUGAAACGACUCCUAAGUUGUCAUCUUUGGAACAAUACAAAAAUGUGAUGCUUGGAAGAGGUGGUAAAUCAGGAACUGUGACGAAGAGAGUUUUCCACAAUGUGAAAGGGACGGGGUCCGCCAAGACAUUCCUGAAGGUGAAGCUGACACAGCUGUCGAAGGUUGUUGAGAUGGAUGAUGACAACAUUGAGUUGCCCACUGAUGAGUUGUCGAUUGAGCUGGACACUGACGAGCUGAUGGGGGGAGACACGGUCGCAGGGGCAGACGUUCAGGACAUGGAGGUGCAUCUGUUGGCUGUGGGCUCGAGUGAGGAAUACAAAAACCUGAUGCAGGAUCCGGAGCAGCUGAUAUCCAUCAUCAAGAAUGCCCUGAAGAGUGGACAGACGAUGAUGGUGGAGGGGGAUCCCAUGACGUCCAGAAACGCUAUCCAAACCCAGAUGGAACACUCGAAUCUAGCGAACAGGUAUUGGGAUCCAACGCAGCGAUCAACGAGCGCAAGUGGUCCACUUUUUCCGGCUGCCAAAACUUCGAGUCAGUCGUCAUCCGAACAAGAGAAUGAUAAUUCUAGAAGUGAAUAUUCGAGAAAUUACCACUUAGUCUAACUUCGAAGCUUAUUUUCAGUACCAGAGACAGUUAACCAAUGACUAAGUCGUGCCGCUAAGAAACGAAGGGACCAAGUUUGCUUCAGCUUGUUAAAUGAAUUUACAUAUCUGAUUCCAGUUUGAUCUGAUCUAAAUUUACUCUGCUGGGUUGCGGAUAUAGACUUAUAGUUAAAUUAAAUACGAAUUUAGAUGAAAACUUUCGCGCAAUGCGCGCAGCUACCAAUUUCUGCUAAUUUAAUAUGAUUUGGGUGUUUACUGUGUGUAUCAUCCCUUACAGAUAUUUUAUUUGUUGUUGAUAGAAAUUCAUUGUUUGUAUUCUU